AAAUAAAAAACACGGAAGAGAAUUGAGAAGAAGAAAAACGCCUAUAACUGUAAACUGGGUUGCGCAAGUCAUUUAUGAACGUUACACGUUGUGCUUAAAACAGCCUAGGAACCCGAUAUUACCAGUUUGGUAUCUCUAAUGUCCCUUGCCAUUCCGCUGCACAAUUUAGCACCUCUCGUAGUCGUCUGUUAAACAUGCCUUGACAGCAUUUGUAACGAUGCAUUUAACCGUUGAUUAACUCAUUACUUAUUUUGGCAAUGUCAGUCGCUCUGAGACGAACUAAAGGUUUUCACGAGGCAGUGUGUGUUCUCAACACCUUGCAGACCAAUGCCAGUGUUCUGGAACAAGUACGCAGGGAGAACGUGCCGGAGUUGCAGCUCCAGGCAAUGCGCGGUUUCCUCCAUCGUACAGGGCUCACGGUGGAGCAACUGGAUGAGCUCAACAUGAUCCAUGUGACAGGAACAAAGGGAAAGGGAUCAACAUGUGCAUUUACUGAGAAAAUUCUCAGUAACUACGGCUUUCGAACAGGUUUUUACAGCUCUCCACACUUGGUUCAAGUGAGGGAAAGAAUACGCAUAAAUGGGCAGCCAAUCAGCAAAGACCUUUUCACCAAAUACUUCUGGGAGGUUUACACACAAUUAGAUGCUACAAAGGGUUGCCAUGGAGACCGAAUGCCCGCCUAUUUCCGCUUCCUCACCCUCCUGGCGUUCCAUGUGUUCGUGCAGGAGAGGGUGGAUUUAGCGCUCAUUGAAGUUGGGAUAGGAGGGGCUUAUGACUGUACAAACAUUAUAAGGAGACCGUGGGUUUGUGGCAUCACAUCGUUAGGGAUUGAUCACACCAGCAUCCUGGGAGACACCCUAGAGGAGAUUGCUUGGCAGAAGGCUGGUAUCUUUAAGCCAGGAGUCCCUGCGUUCAGCGUCAGACAGCCCUCCGGACCCAUGCAGGUUCUCCACAACCGAGCGUCCGAGAUUGGGUGCUCCCUGAGGGUGUGUCCGGAGCUGGACAGCUACGAGGCUGGAGCCGCACCUCUGAGGCUGGGGCUGGCGGGUCACCAGCAGCGCUGCAACGCUUCCCUGGCCCUGCAGCUCAGCAGGGCCUGGCUGCACAGAUACCGACAGCACGAUGACACCAAAGCUGCUCCUUCAGUAGAGAACACAUUGGCGUCCCAGGCAGAAACUUUCAAGCCCAGUCCUGUCAUGAUCAAAGGCCUCCAGGACACAGAGUGGCCAGGCAGGACUCAGACGGUGAGACACGGCCCUGUCACCUACUACCUGGACGGAGCUCACACCUCAGGCAGUAUGCAGGCGUGUGUCCAGUGGUUCAGAGAUGAGACAGCACUGGAGGAGAGAGGUCAUAGAGGCCCUGUGAUCAGAGUGUUGCUGUUCAACGCCACGGGAGAGAGAGAUUGUGCUGCCAUGUUGAAACUUCUAGUGCCGUGCCAGUUUGAUUAUGUUGUGUUCUGUCCCAACAUCACUGAAACCACCCCAGAGAACAAUCCAGAUCAGCAGAAUUUCAAUGUGUUGCUUGAGAACAUACUGACCCGUUGUCUGGACAACCAGCGCAGCUGGCAGAGUCUGAGUGGGCCGGAGACCCAGCAGGGGGUCGCGCUGCGGAUCCAUGAGCCCCCUCUGGUGGAGAAACCCCGGAAUCACACCCUGGUCUUUCCGUGCAUCCUCAGCGCCCUCCAGGGGAUCAGCCAGGGAAGGGACCCCCUGCUACCGGCGCCUGCAGAGCGAGGGGGUUCUCCUUCCCCCCAGACACAGGCAGGUGUCCUGGCUCAGACCGAACCCCUCCGAGAAGCAGCUCAUAUCUCUGUCCUGAUCACGGGCAGUCUGCACCUAGUUGGAGGGGCUCUGAGGCACCUGGACCCAUCGCUGGCUGGGUAGAGGCGGCGCACAAUCUGACCUGGUUGUCCAUGGACGAGAGUCUUAGAGGGUCUAGAUGUGUAUCAUGUUGACACAUAAGCUGGAGGGUGUUAAGUAGGCCAGAAGAGGGCGCUAGAGACGCACAGUGUUCGGUCUCAGGGUAUUUGUAGGGCCUGUUGUGCCUUUUUGAAACGUUCUCCAUGUGAUCAGUUUUUAUGAAUUGAAGUGCCACAGUGUUAUCAGGAAGGUUUUCUCUCACAUGGGUGUGUCCUGAAAAAUAUUUGAAUCUCAGAUGAGCUGAAAUGUCCACUCUUCGUGAAAAAUGUAUUCAUAAACAUGUGAGUUUUAAGCAUU